UAAUAUUUAUAAAUACAAAAUUGAAAGAAAAAGAUAUUAGAAGAGAGUGUGUUUCCGCGUAGACAGAUAGGGACCGAGAGAGUAGAGACUGUUUGGGUAUUGAGAAAUGGAUAGAAUGAGUGAAGAAAUGAAAAGCUUUCUUUAGUUUUUUCGUUUUCCUUGAAUCUGAACGAAGCCGCCUCUUAUACCUAAGCUUAUGACAAAAUCCAUGAUCUAUCUAUCAAUAACCCACCUUUCUUUCAUAUAGAAUUCUUCAGGUUUUUUUUUUUUUUUUCCCUCUUUGAUGAUCUUUCUGGAAGGGUUCAUACUUGCAGUUCACACCAUCUCCAUAUAAAUAAUUGCUACCUUUUUGUUUUCUGUUUCUUUGUGAAUCAAUAAUUCUUUCCGUGGGUGCAAAAGCAAAAAAAAAAAGAAAGUUAUUAUUGAUCUUGUAUUCUUGUGUGUGUGUGGUUUUUUCUUUGUUUGCGUGUGGUAGUUGUUUAUGGAAGGACUACAUCACCAUCAGUAUUAUCAUCGUCAACAUCACCAGCAACAACACCAGCAACUGGCUAUGAAUGUUAACGUUGAUGUUGAUAGGCUCCCUCAAUGGAGUAUUCAAGAGACGAAGGAGUUUUUAAUGAUCAGAGCAGAGCUGGACCCAAGUUUCAUGGAAACCAAAAGGAACAAGCAGCUUUGGGAAUUUAUCUCUACCACGUUGAAAGAAAAGGGUUAUAAUCGUAGCGCCGAACAGUGCAAGUGCAAGUGGAAAAACCUCGUUACUCGAUACAAGGGAUGUGAAAUGGUGGAAGAAGAAGCUAAGAGACAACAACAGUUCCCGUUUUAUAAUGACUUGCAGGCCAUAUUCUCGGCAAGGAAACAAACUACUUCAAAGAAGCUAUGUUCAGAUGAGGAAGAAGAUAAGGGUAGGUAUAGGGGGAAGGAGAAAGGCAAAAAGGGUGUAAGCAUUAGUGGAAGUACUAGCGAAAGUAUAAAUGAUGGUAAUGAUACAAAGGAGAUUUUAAAGUGUUUCAUGAGACAACAAUUGGAAUUGGAGAUACAAUGGAGGGAAGCAUUGGAGGUGAGGGAAAAUGAAAGAAGAUUGAAAGAAAUGGAGUGGAGAAGGACAAUGGAAGCAUUGGAGAAUGAAAGGGUAAUGAUGGAUAUAAGGUGGAGGGAAAAGGAAGAACAAAGAAGAAUAAGGGAAGAAGCUAGGUCUGAGAGAAUUGAUGCUCUUGUAACAACACUAUUGAACAAGCUUACAAGAGAUGAUCACAUGAAGUGAUUAUUUUGAGAGGUAAUUUGUCCUAUUCCUUUCAUUUUAUCUGUUACUCAUGUACUAAUCACCAUCGGUUCAUGUUACACUUGUAUCUAAUGGUAACGGAUAAGAAAAUCAUGGAAGGAAGCUUGAUCUCUUUUGCAAACCCGAGUCUUCCAUUGCAAGUAAAAGAGAGCUUUUAGUGUUUUUUUUUUUAAAUAUUGCUAUUUUCCUUUUCAUUGUGUUACCAUUACGAGGUGCACAUUUCAAAAGCACCAUGAAUAAAAAUCUUUUCCAA